AUGGCCCCCGAGAAGCGGUCGCAUGACUUCAAUCCACCAUUUCCAUCAAAAUUUGAACAACGCAAGCGGCGGCGUUUAUCCCCCAGCUCGCCAAUUCAGUCCUCCUCGGAUUUUGAGAGUGAUGUAAAUUCGGAUUUUGAGCGCCAUGCAACACAGAUGAUCCGCGAGAAGUACCAGACGCUCGGAGACAAUCAACCUGUGGAAAAUGGCAUUAUUGAGCGUAUUGAUUGCUAUAAUUUUAUGUGUCACAAGCAUCUGUCAUUGGAAUUGGGUCCUCUGAUCAAUUUCAUUGUGGGUAAAAACGGCAGUGGGAAGAGUGCCGUACUUACUGCAUUGGCCCUUUGCCUGGGUGGUAAAGCUUCUGCCACGAACCGUGGCCAAAGCUUGAAGAAUUUUAUCAAAGAAGGGAAUGAGUACGCCACUCCUGCUGCAACUAUUAUCGUUCGUAUCAAGAAUCAGGGUGACAGUGCUUAUUUGCCUCAUGAAUUCGGCCCCUCUAUUAUUGUUGAGAGACAUUUCUCUCUAAGCGGAGCAAGUGGAUUCCGCAUCAAAAAUGUAUCUGGCCGAGUAGUGACCACAAAAAGAAGUGAUCUUGAUUCAAUAAUAGACUACUUUGCCUUACAGAUGGAUAACCCCAUGAAUGUCUUGUCCCAAGACAUGGCUCGGCAAUUUUUGAGUACUUCAAAUCCGGCUGAAAAGUACAAAUUUUUUGUCAAGGGGGUCCAAUUAGAGCAGUUAGACCAGGACUACCAUUUAAUAGAUGAGUCUAUUAAUAGUCUUGAGUCAAAGCUAGGUGUUCAAUAUGAAGAGCUGAAAGUACUGGAAGAGAGAAAGUCCAAGACCAAAACUCGUUUAGCUUUGUCCGAUAGGCACGAGGGGAUUAGGAACAGGAUCAGAAACCUACGAGCCCAAAUGGCAUGGGCCCAGGUGGACGAACAAGAACAAAUCCGGGAUGCUUUGGGACGAGAACAUACGGAACUUAAUAAAAAUCUUGUCCACCUCGAAGCUGCAGCAAAGACCGUCGAGCACCUAUUUGAUGAAGUCCAGGGUGCCUGUCUCGAUGCUACAAAUCAACUGCAAAGAGCAGAGAAUGAGCUGGAGAGAGUGCUUGACAGCAAGAAGGAGGUACAAGCUAGGCACGACGCCAAGCUCAACGAGUGCCAGGAAUUACAUGCAACAAAACGCGAGGUACGCAAUCACCUUAAAGCCGCCGACAAUCGAAUUCAAGAAACACGCAAAAAGAUUGAAGAGGAGUUGCAAAAAUUGAAAGACGUACAUGGAGGUGUCAAUAUGGGAAAACUCAACGAGAUAGAGGAGAAGGAAGCUGCGGCAAAGGAAAUGUGGCGGCGUCACAAAGAUCAUAAGGAUGCUACUGCUCGGCUGCAAUCCGAAAUAGCAACAGCAGAAAACCUAAUGAAGCGUGCGGGUUUACCUAUUCCAAAACAAAGGAAAGAUAUUGAUGAAGCGGACCAGCAUCUCCGCAGCAUGGAAAGAGGCCGUCAACACCAGGAGGGUGCCUUUCCCGCGGGAAUGACAAGGUUAAUCAAGGUGGUUCAAGAGGACUCUACCUUCAAUCGACAGCCAAUCGGCCCUGUAGGGAGUUACAUCACACUUCUUAAACCCCAGUGGUCUUCCGUGCUAGAAAAGUCUUUUGGAAACGCCUUGAAUGGGUUUGUUGUGACAAGCAAAAAUGACUUGAAUAAACUGUCAAGUAUCAUGCGGCGAGUUGAUUGCGUCUGCCCGAUUUUUAUCGGGAAUGAAAAUGGUACUCUAGACACGUCUCCAUAUGAGCCCGAUGCCAGCUUUGACACUGCGUUGAGAGUGCUGAAGAUUGAUGUUGAUAUUGUCCGACGACAGUUAGUCAUUAACCAUAGUAUAGAACAAAUGCUUCUUAUUGAGGAUGUUGAUGAGGCUUCCAAAAUUAUGUAUAGUGACAAGGCCCCAAAAAAUGUGAGACGCUGUUAUUGCAUUGAUAAAAAUGAUAGGAGGCGGGGCGUACAUUUAGGUUUCACACGUACAGGAGACCCGGUUCAAUCUCCCCUGGGCGCGUUUGCCGGGCAGGCUAGAAUGAAAACGGACAUCGAUUCCCAAAUUAGGAUACAACGCGACGCUAUUAAUGAACUGAGAAAUAACCUGAGGGUGUUGGAGAACGAGCAGAGAGAUGCUCGAUCUAAUUUGGAGAAAUGCAGACAAGCAUUUGCUAGGCAUGAAAGACGCCAAAGAGAUCUGCAGAUUGAGGCUCAAAAGGCGGAUGAUCUGGUUGAAGAAUUAAAGGAUGCCAUGGAGAAGGAGAGGGUUGAAGAUGGUCGACUUGAUGGGCUGAAACACGGCUUAGCUGAGUCAGAGGAGGAAAAAAGAAUAGCUGCAGCUUCAUAUGAAGACGGUGUUAUCGCCCACGAUGCGGCGGUGGUAGAACUGAAGAAGAUGAAGAAGGAGUUGGCUGCCAAGGACGCCGAAAUUGCAUCCGCCGAACAUGAGCUCUUCAAAUACAGAAAUAAUAAAACUAGGGCCGAAGACGAGCAAACAAGAGUUCUUUCUGAAAUGAACGUUGCUCUAGCUCAAGUGGGCGCUGCAGAUGAGAAUAUGAAGAAAAUAACACAAAAACAAAACGAAGCCGCCUCUCGAGUAAUUAAGUUUACUGAGCAAGCAGAAAUUAUCUCCUCACUGCGUGUUGUGGUUGAUGAGGGGGAAACUUCAAAUAGCCUGGAUGAGAAGUUGCAGAAGCUGAAGCGUGACCUCCAACGAUAUGACACUGAGAUGGGUGCGUCUCGAGAGGACAUCGCUGCGGCUGCUGCGGAAGCUGAGGCAAAAUACGAAUUCUCAAGGGCGCAAAUUACGGAUUUCAGCGACCUUGCUCAGGAAAGCUCAUAUUUAUCUUUUUAA